AUGAUCCGCCAUCUCCUGUUGUUGCCCCUACUUCUACCGGCGAAUGCACAGCCGGCAGAAGACCAUCUCCUGGACGUCCAGACUUAUUGGAAUCCAUCCGUCUAUGAUUUUCCAGUGCUUGGUACCAGUGGCUCCUCUUUGUUUCCAGUGCGACCUUGUCAUGGAAUACAGUUGGAAGAAGCGACCAUCGACGACUUGCAGGAGUACCUAACCUCCGGGAAAUUGGCAACCCUUCAACUGCUUCAUUGCUACCUGGAUCGUAUCUCCCAAACGGAUAGUUACCUCAAUGCCAUCCUCCAGCACAAUCCCGACGCGUUCGCUAUCGCGGAGGCCUUGGAUGUUGAACGCGCCCAGGGUAAAAUACGAGGCCCACUACACGGCAUUCCAUUCAUUGUCAAAGAUAAUAUCGCGACCAAGGACCGCAUGGAGACAACUGCUGGCAGUUGGGCUCUGCUGGGGUCGGUGGUGCCACGCGACGCGUUUGUUGUGCGGCGGUUGCGGGAAGCGGGGGCGCUGUUGCUGGGGAAGGCCGCUCUGAGCGAAUGGGCUGACAUGCGAUCCAACAACUACUCUGAAGGCUAUUCCGGUCGAGGAGGCCAGUGCCGCAGUGCAUAUAACCUCACAGUCAAUCCCGGGGGCAGCAGUUCUGGCUCAGGUGUGGCUGUGGGAGCCAACCUUGUGCCUUUUGCUCUUGGUACAGAGACGGAUGGCAGUGUGAUCAAUCCAGCGCAGAGAAAUGCUGUUGUUGGUAUAAAGCCUACAGUCGGCCUCACGUCCCGCGACGGCGUUAUCCCUGAAUCAUUGCAUCAAGAUACGGUGGGAGUGUUCGGCAAAACGGUGCGCGAUGCGACCUACGUCCUGAACGCCAUAUAUGGUGUUGAUACGCGCGAUAACUACACCUUGGCCCAGCGAGGCCGGACGCCUCCCGGCGGCUAUACUCAGUACCUGAGCGAUCGAUCAUCUCUCAAGGGUGCCGUGUUCGGCCUUCCAUGGGAAUCUGUGUGGCGCUUAGGGGAUCCAGACCAAGUAUCUCAGUUGAUGGAGCUCUUAGAUUUGAUCAAGGAUGCCGGUGCUACCAUCAUCAAUGGCACCGAGUUCCCCCAUUACCGUCAGAUUGUGUCCCCGGAUGGAUGGGAUUGGGACUAUGGGAGUAAACGUGGAUAUCCCAAUGAAUCCGAGUACACCUACGUGAAGGUCGACUUUUACAACAACAUCAAAGCCUAUCUCUCGGAACUAAACAACACCAAUAUGCGAUCUCUGGAAGACUUGGUCGAGUAUAAUAGAGUCAAUUUUGGGACGGAAGGCGGCUACCCCGGUGUCCAUCCGGCAUUCGGUUCAGGGCAGGACGGGUUUGAGGCGUCUUUGGCUACAAAAGGCAUCAUGAACGAAACGUACUGGCAAGCAUUGGAAUUCUGCAGACGUACUACACGUGAAGAGGGAAUCGAUGCGGCGUUGAAGCACGGAAACCGCACUCUGGACGGCUUGUUGGUACCGCCGGAUGUGGCCCAAAGUAUUCAGAUUGCAGCACAGGCGGGAUAUCCUGUCAUUACAAUCCCCGCUGGUGUCAAUGAGGAAUCAGGGAUGCCGUACGGACUAGCAAUUAUGCAGACUGCCUUUGCCGAAUCAACUCUGAUCAAAUACGCCAGCGCCAUCGAAGACCUGCAAAGGGCCACGAAUACUCCUUGGAAACGUACCCUUCCCGAGUGGCGAGGAUAUCUGACUCGCAAUCUGCCAGUUAUUAAUGCAUGA